AUGGCUUCCUCUGCUCUCAACUUCGUCGCCGUCAACCCAAAGCUCCACCAAUCCCCAAACCCCACUCCACCACCACACCGAUUCACCACCGCCAGAAGAUUCUCCACCGCCACCCGCCCAAUCAAAGCCUCUAUUUUCGACCCACUCUCCUCCAUCACCAAACCGGCCACGUCAACAUCCCCUGAAACCAACCUCCCAAUCCGCCAGAUUCCCGGCGACUACGGCCUCCCGGGAAUCGGCCCAAUCCAUGACCGACUCGAUUACUUCUACAACCAAGGACGUGAUGAGUUCUUCAAAUCCCGAAUGCAGAAGUACCAAUCAACAAUCUACCGAGUUAACAUGCCCCCGGGCCCUUUCAUCGCCACCAACUCCCACGUCAUCGUCCUGCUCGACGGCAAGAGCUUCCCUGUCCUCUUCGAUUUGUCCAAAGUCGAGAAGAAGAAUGUCUUCACUGGUACCUACAUGCCCUCCACGGAUCUCACCGGAGGCUACCGAAUUUUAUCCUACCUCGACCCGUCCGAAUCCAAUCACACCAAGCUCAAGCAAUUGCUCUUCAAUCUGAUCAAAUCCCGCCGCGAUUACGUGAUUCCCGAAUUCAAUUCCUCAAUUACCGACCUCUUCGAAGUGCUGGAGUACGAUCUGGCGACCAAGGGGAAAGCCGAUUUCGCCGAAGCCAGCGAGCAGGCCGCUUUCAAUUUCCUCUCCCGGGCCUUCUUCGGCGUGAGGCCGGUCGACACUCCGUUGGGGAAAGACGCGCCGACGCUGAUUUCAAAAUGGGUCCUGUUCAAUCUCGCCCCGAUCCUCUCCGUGGGGCUGCCCAAGGAGAUCGAGGAGGCCACCCUCCACACCGUCCGCCUCCCGUCGGCGCUGGUCCAGAGCGACUACCACCGCCUCUACGAGUUUUUCUCCUCCGUCGCCGGACCGGUCCUCGAAGAGGCAGAGCAAUCGGGGAUCUCCAGGGACGAGGCCUGCCACAACAUCCUGUUCGCGGUAUGCUUCAACUCGUGGGGUGGGUUCAAGAUCCUGCUCCCGAGCCUGAUGAACUGGAUCGGGCGGGCGGGUGUGGAGCUCCAUACCCGACUCGCUCGGGAGAUCCGAACCGCCACCGCCGCCGGCGUCACAAUGGCGGCGAUGGAGAAGAUGCCGCUGAUGAAAUCCGUGAUCUACGAAACGAUGCGUAUUGAUCCGCCGGUGCCGCUGCAGUACGGGAAGGCGAAGAAGGAUUUCGUGGUGGAGAGUCACGACGCGGCGUAUGAGGUCAAAGAAGGGGAGAUGCUGUUCGGGUACCAACCGUUUGCGACCAAGGACCCGAAGAUUUUUGACCGACCCGAGGAGUUCGUACCCGACCGGUUCGUUCGCGACGGGGAGGAGCUGCUGUCGCACGUGAUGUGGUCGAACGGGCCGGAGACGGAGCAGAGCAGCGUGGCGAACAAGCAGUGCGCCGGGAAGGAUUUCGUGGUAAUGGUGGCGAGGUUGUUCGUCGUGGAGCUGUUUAGGAGGUAUGAUUCGUUUGAUGUCGAGGUCGCAGCGUCGCCGUUGGGGGCGAAGGUCACGCUGACUUCGUUGAAAAGGGCGACGUUCUGA